GGAAUCGAAAGACCUUAGUAACAAGAACCACAACUUUCCAAGUGAAUGCCAAUAGGUAAAGUUGGUUAAUUUGAAUGAAAUUUAUGACAUCUUACUUUUCCUAUUGGCUUUAAAUUAUUUUUAAUGUACUUUUUUCAUGGAAUUCCUCAAACAUUGACAUUGGAUUCACAUGCAAUUGAAGUUCGACGCAUUCCUAAAGUCCCUUUCUUUGUCAUAUUAACCGAAACUGAAAUCUUUGUCUAUCAGCUUCAUCCUUUAGCUUUAAUAUCAAAGAUCACCAAAUCCCAGGACCUUCUUGUUCGCCAUGGAAAAAAUAAAAAGAUUGCUAUCGGUUCUGAGUAUGGAAUUAUUGCAGUAGCAACAGAGAACAAUUUCAUUGCUGUAUAUUAUUUUCAUUUAAAUGCAUCUGAACCUCUCCUUGUACCUACUCCGGAUACCGAACGCUAUGAUGAUGGUCCCGGUGAAAUUCUAGGACCUAUUGCUUGUUCUGUUCAGUACAAAAUGGCAAUCCGCUAUGACGGAGGUGUUAGUUGUCUCGAAGUACAGGGUGAUUCGAUAGUGUAUUCAGCUUACACGGCUCCGAUUAUUCAGGUGUCUACGCUAGAGAGCACGGAUCCUAAAUAUUUAUGGAAAGUUUCCAGUAAGCAAUACGAUUUACGCGAGGUUACAUGGUUUUUAGAUCAUAAAUCUUUGAUUAGGCAAUUGUAUUUUGACAGGAGGAUCGACACUUUUUUCUGGAUGUCCACGGACGGGCGCGUAUACGCCAAUAUUGGUGUCUCUGCUAAUACAAAUACUAAAAGUUUGUUCGGUGUAUGCAUUCAUAAUCCGAAAAACAUGAAUGAUGAAAAUGACAAGAAAUUGGCCACUGCAUUGUCGACUAAUGCUAGAUUUUCUUUACUAUAUGUUGGCACAAGUGAUGGCAGCGUUUAUGCUUAUGAAAUACAAGACUUCGGAAGGAAGUAUGUUUGUAGUCACUAUCGACAUGCUCCUUCCAAUCUUGGAUCUGUUACACACAUCUCAACUGCCAGUGAUGGCUUUCAGAUUAUGGUAGGUUAUGAAUCAGCUUGGAUAAGUUAUUCACCUUACUUACAUCCAUGCUCGUCCAGUAAUGAUUCAGAAUUCUUUAAAUAUGGUUUUUAUGAUGGAUUUUGGGAUAAAGAUGGCUGUGCGUUUUUCGGCUUACGAAAUCCGAUUAAAGGAGAAAACAGGAUUUCAGUUGAAAAGAAAGAAAGUCUUAAAGAUGCGCAAAAUACGCCAAAUAAUUUUAAUUUUUCGUUUGUACAGGAAGAUAAUUACGCCGUCUCCAAUGGCAGUUGUUGUUUAUAUAUACUUCCUUUCCUUAAAAGCACUAUCACGAAUAGUGCGUAUGGCACUACCAAUAUAAUCGGGGUACAGUCUAGUGAUAGAUUAUUCAUAUCAAAAGCAUAUUCCAAAUACAAUAAUCUGGCAGCAAAUUUCGGAAGUUCUACCUGGAUUCAAGUAGAAUAUCCUCAAACCUAUAUCUCUGCCGAAUGGCCUAUUCGAUAUACUGCCAUUAGCAAAAGUGGCGACUAUAUCGCUAUAGCUGGCUUCCAUGGAUUUGCAGCAUACGAUGUUCAAAGUAGAAUUUGGAAUGUUUUCGAUAAUGGAUCUUUGGAACAGUCAUUGACUGUCACCUGUCCUAUGAUAUGGCAUGAAGACUAUCUUAUAGUAGGUUUACUACACGAAUCGAAUUUCGAGCUCCAUAUUUAUGAUAUAAGGAAGAAAUUGGACGAUGGUUUAGUUGAUAAGUUUGCUUUCACUUCCACCAUUGUCACGAUAUCGUUAUGUGACGACGCGCAUUUACUUGUUUAUACGGCAGAUAAUUAUUUACAUCACAUAUACAUAGAACGCCUUGAAGACGAUUUUCGGUCUCUAUUUUUAAGCCAUGUGAGUAGUGUGAGUUUUGUUCCGGUAUUUACCACUCCUUCAAGGGUACGUACCAUUACUUUACUUACUUUACGACCAUUUUUACACUCAGAUCCGUCUCAAUUACUUUAUAGUUCAAUCCUACUUGUUUUAAUCAAUGGUAAGUUGGUUACCUUGGAUCCUAUAAAAGCUGGUCCAUCUUAUUUGUGCUAUCGAUGCUGUAUACUAUCUGAGGAUGUUGAGUUUUUUAUGAUUAAUGAAGACUUGGAAAGUCCAGCUUUGUAUCAUUCAAUGUGGAUUAUGACUGGAAAUGGGUUCAGGCUGUCAAUGGCUUUUGGUGAAGCACUCUCUAAAUUAUUGCAUGAUGAAACUACAACAAAUACUGACAUUCCUUUGAAAGAAACGGAAAAACUAAAGCCUUAUAACACACGGCAACUGAGUUUUAUAGAUGACUUACGAUCACCCAGUUUUAUGGUAAAAACUCCGGAUAAUUUUUCAACGACAAACACCCAUAUCGCCAAACUGACGAAAUCUGUAAAUAUGCUGGAGCUUUUCAAUAGGCAAAGUAUACCCCUUAGUGUUCCUGGAACGGUAUUAUCGGUUAUUGUAAAGAGUGGACUAUUUGUUAGUGCUUCAACGUUAGAACACAAGACUACUGCGAAUAACAUGGAGUAUUGUCAUAUCCAAAUUGAUGUCUUUCCGUUUCUUUCAGAUUUGUUAAAAGCUCUUCUCUUAUUAUCUGACAUCGAGUAUGCGGUUUUCUUGGUGCGUGCUUAUGCUUCAUUACAUUUUAUUGAUUUUGUGCUUGAGAAACUUCUUUCAAUAGCUGCAGAAUGCACUGAUUCUGAUGAAACAUUGUUGACGAACGUCGCUGUGUUGUUUAAUAACAUCAAAGAUAUGAACGUUUACAAGUAUGUUUUAGGAUGUCUUAGAAAAAUUGAAACGCAUUUUUGGCCAAAUGUCUUCAAACAUUUUGGUGACGCUCAGACUCUGAUGGAUCAAUGUUUACGAAACAAGGAUAUAAAAAACGCUGCUAGAUGUAUAAUUAUUUGGCAGGUACAUAAGGGAUCUGCUAGUUGCGCUGAAGUUUUCCUUCAAGUUUUGAAAACAGCAUUUGAAGGAAAAAACUGGGAAGUAUGUACGGAGUUAUGCCAGUAUCUUGCCAGCCUUGACCCUACAAAACAACUACUGAAUUCUGCCUUAAUAAGUGCAGAGAUUCCUUGUGGGCAAAUACCAAUGGUUAAAACAGGUAAGAGUUUUAACGAACUUAUGAGGGAUAUAGAUAACUCUUAAAAUUGUUAACAAAGUUUGUUUUGAUGUGUGUAGUACUGAAAAAUUAAAAGCAAAAUCCUUUAUUAAUAGAAUAUAUCA